UCUUCCGGGAGCCCGGGGCAUGAACGGCUACGGCUCCCCCUAUCUGUACAUGGGCGGCCCGGUGUCGCAGCCGCCACGGGCGCCCCUGCAGCGCACGCCCAAGUGCGCGCGCUGCCGCAACCACGGCGUGCUGUCUUGGCUCAAGGGCCACAAGCGCUACUGCCGCUUCAAGGACUGCACCUGUGAGAAGUGCAUCCUCAUCAUCGAGCGUCAGCGGGUCAUGGCGGCGCAGGUGGCGCUGCGCCGGCAGCAAGCCAACGAGAGCCUCGAGAGUCUCAUCCCCGACUCUCUGCGCGCCCUGCCGGGACCCCCGCAGUCGGGGGACGCAGCCGCGGCCCCGCAGCCGCCCCCGACCUCGCAGCCGUCUCAGCCGCCGCCGCCGCGCCCCGCCGCCGAGUUGGCUGCGGCCGCCGCGCUGCGCUGGGCCGCCGAGCCCCAACCCGGGACGCUGCAGGCGCCGCUCGCCAAGCCAGAUUUGACUGAAGAGCGACUUGGGGACAGCAGCACGGCAGACAACACAGAGACCUUCAGCGACAAAGAUGCCGACCAGAGGAGCUCCCCAGAUGUGGCAAAAAGUAAGGGCUGCUUCACCCCUGAGAGCCCUGAGAUCGUGUCGGUGGAUGAAGGGGGGUAUGCGGUCCAGAAAAACGGAGGCAACUCUGAGAGCCGCCCCGACAGCCCCAAGUACCAUGGGGAACAGAAUCACCUCCUGAUCGAGGGCCCCUCAGGGACCGUUUCUCUGCCUUUCAGCUUGAAGGCUAACAGACCCCCUCUGGAAGUGUUAAAAAAGAUAUUCCCCAACCAGAAGCCCACGGUGCUUGAGCUGAUCCUGAAGGGCUGUGGGGGGGACCUGGUGAGUGCCGUGGAGGUCCUGCUCUCCAGUCGCUCCUCAGUCUCAGCAGCUGACCGAACUUCAGCAGAGCCAGAAAGCCUCAUGUUGCCCUCCAACGGGCACAUCUUCGAACACACCUUGGGCUCCUACCCCAUCUCCUCCUCCAAGUGGUCCGUGGGAUCGGCCUUCAGAGUCCCAGACACAUUGCGGUUUUCCACCGACUCUAGUAACGUUGUCCCCAACCCCUUGGCUGUGCCUCUGCAGCACCCUUUCCCCCAGCCACCCAGGUACCCUCUGAUGCUGAGGAAUACUUUGGCGAGGAACCAGUCAAGCCCUUUUUUGCCCAACGAUGUCACCCUGUGGAACACCAUGACACUGCAGCAGCAGUACCAGCUGAGGUCCCAGUACGUCAGCCCUUUCCCCAGUAACUCUACCAGCGUCUUCAGAAGCUCACCUGUCCUCCCCACUCGCACCCCUGAAGACCCUCGGAUCUCCAUCCCUGAGGAUGGGUGUCCAAUUGUGUCAAAGCAGUCCAUUUACACCGAGGACGACUAUGAUGAAAGAUCCGACUCCUCAGACUCUAGAAUACUCAACACAUCAUCUUAAAGUGGU